AUGCGAACCCUCGCUGCUGUCGUCGCGGUCAGCAUCUCUGCGCAAGCCUUCCUUGGGGUCUUGUCGCAGGAGGAGGUCACCUCUCCCGCUCCAGGGGCUCAGCCAUUCAGCUACGAUAUCAACACUGGUCUCGUCGCACAGCUCCAGGCAUCAGGGGAGUCUGCGCCCCAACUUCAAUAUACGACCGAGAACGGCGCGCCGUACACCAACCCCUACGAUGCCUGGAAGAUCGGUUCGAAUGGGCCCCUUCUCUUGGAGGAUUACCACCUGACCGAGCUCUUCGGCUCUUUUGGUCGCGAGCGCAUCCCUGAGCGUGUUGUGCAUGCUAAGGGCGGUACCGGGCGCACAUGGGUACUUCGAGGUGACAAUGCAUCCUUCUGCAAGCAAUAUACGAUGCUGGAUAUGCUCAGCGAGGAUGGUCUCAGGACGCCCGUGACGGUCCGCAUCAGCACUGUUGGCGGGGAGACAGGGUCUUCCGAUGAGUUUCGUGAUCCCCGUGGGUUUGCGGUCAAGUUCCGGACUCGGAAGGGCAUCCUCGACAUCGUGAUGAACAAUACACCGGUGUUCUUCAUCCGUGAUCCGUCCAAGUUCCCGUACUUCAUUCACACCCAGAAGCGUAACCCUCAGACAAACCUAAGGGAUAAGGAUAUGUUCUGGGACUUCCUCAGUGCUAACCCGGAGUCAUUGUAUCAAGCGAUGAUCCUGUUCUCUGACCGCGGCACGCCGUACGGCUUCAGACACAUGAACGCUUGGACAGGACACACCUACCGAUGGAUUCAGAGUGAUGGCUCUUUCCACUACGUGAAGUUGAACUUUGAGACCAUGCAAGGGGUCAAGAACUUCACCAAUGCAGAGGCAACGGUCAUUCAGGGCACGAACCCGGACUUCGCCACUCAGGACCUUUACGAGGCAAUUGCAAAUGGCUCCUACCCCGGGUGGACAGUGUACGCACAGGUCAUGUCUCCUGAACAGGCCGAGAACUACACAUACAACGUCCUUGACCUCACUAAGGACUGGGAUGAAACUGUUCCCAAGGUCGAGAUCGGGAAGAUGUAUCUGACACAGAAUCCGACGAACUACUUCGCGGAGGUUGAACAAGCCGCGUUCUCACCAUCCCACCUUGUUGAUGGAUGGGCACCGUCUGCCGACCCGAUGUUGCAAGCGCGUUUGUUCUCUUACUCUGACACUCAACGAUACCGGCUUGGCGUCAACCACAUGCAAAUCCCUGUGAACGCUCCUACUGUUCCCGUUGCCAACUGGGAGCGCGGUGGUCAUAUGAACAUCAACGGCAACCAAGGUAACAGGCCUAACUACAUGUCUACGAUGAGUCGUCUUGGAUUGUACAAUCGGACCUACACUCUCGAUUCCCACCAGCAAUGGACGGGUGGUGCUGUGCAGUCGCUUUCCAUGGUCACUGAGAUCGACUUCUCCUGGCCGACGAUCUUCUGGAAUACCAUGUCCGAUCAGGACCAACAGAACUUGAUUAGUAACGUGAUUGGCCAUCUCGGUGAAGUCGUGAGCCAGGAGGUUCGGGAGCGUCAGGUUGCUCUGUUCAAUCAUGUCAACGCAACGCUUGGCCAAGCCAUUGCAGCAGGUGUCGGCGUCACGAACAUUCCAAAGUUGGCCUUCGAAAGCGGAGAGACGUGGCUCGAUCACACUGUCUACAGUAACGACAGCACCCUGGACUUCGUAUAA